GCCGUCUCCCGGAACGUCUUUUCUCAUCUCACAUCUCAGCGGCCAAUGCUCGCCAAAUGUCCGCUGAAAGCCCUGGAGAAAAACGCGGUGGGUUUCGUGCGUUCUUCGCCGGUGCCCUCCGACCUAAGAAAUCUCGUCAGGUCCUCCGGAAGGGAUUCAGCGCAUCGACUCCGAAUCUAAAAGAAGGUCUACAAAGCAAAGAUGUCGUCCCGGAGAUGCCUUCACUGGCCCCAUUGGAGGCCCACCGUCUCAGAUACCGAGAUAUAAAUCUUCAGAAAGAUACUCAACUAGGCGAAGGCCGCGAUCAUACCGCAAUGCUGCACUCAAUUGGUGUUGGAGAACUUGACCCUUCCGAUCCAAACGCGCAAGUACACGAAUUCGACAAUAGACCGCCAGGCGAGCCCGUGAUUGCCAGCUUGACAUCGGACCUCUGGGCCAAGAUUACCGAGUAUCUUAAUCCCGCUGAGAGAGCCAGUCUUGCCUUCUCCAGCAGAACACUAUACGCUCGUCUAGGCCGCGAACCCUGGAUAAUUAUAAACCUCCCAGAAAACCACAACUACAAAGCGGACUUCCUCAUCUCCCAAGACCGACUACUCCCUCACCAUCUCCUCUGUUUCCCCUGCGGCAAAUACCACCGCCGGACACAAGAAGGCCGCGAAAAGCUCCAACCCGCAGACGUGAUCAACCCGCUCUUCGAUUGCCCCAACGCCCGCAACAACACCCGCCCAGCCCCCCGCCAUCGCAUCACCCACGGCCGAGUCCUUUACUUCACCUUCCACCAGCUCGUCAUGCGCGCAUACCGAUUCGGACCCCGCUACGGUAUCUCGCCUGACUCUCUAGCCCGUCGCUGGCGCCGGGAUGGCUGGUCCCACCAGACCCGAUACCACAUCCACCAGGGCCGACUGCUCGUGCGGGUCGUGAGCACCUGCUUCGCCGAACCAGGGCUCAGCGUCAGCGAACAGCGACUCCUCCUCUACUCGCGCGACGACUACUGGCCGUAUUUCUCCGUCUGCGCGCACUGGCGGGAUGGCGAACUCAUGAACGUCUGCAAAUGCGCCCUCGGCCACAUCCCCGUCCCCCGCAACACAGCCGGCCUGCAGGGCCUCGAACACCGCGCAAAAGACAUGUACCACAAACGAGACCACAACCCCAACGCCCUCGCGUCUCUCUGCGGUAAGUGUCGACCUAUGCGUCGCUGCCCCGAGUGUCCCUCCGAGUAUCUGGUCGAGGUCAAGCUCACCGAGGACCGGAGUGGUUCGUAUCAGAACUUAUUCCGGCAUGCGAUUGUGGUGACACGGUGGAGUGAUUUGGGAGAUGGGCGGUCGCCGCGGUUGUCAAAAGAGUGGGCGGCGAUUAAUGGGGACGAGGCGGGUGAGGGGUAUGAUUCUUUUGCGAGGAUAGGGAAGAGGGCUAUUUCGGGAAUUUUUGAGUCGGCCAUUACGGAUGAUACCUUGCCUGGGCAGAGGAUUCUUUCGAUGAAUCCUAAGGGGAAGAAGUUGGGUGAGGCUGGGAAUAAUUGGUACUGAGGUUCUUCAUUUAUACUGUGCUAUAGGCGUUAUACUAGGUGGCGGGAAGCUGGAGGUUCUUUCGAGAUGAUUUUUUUUUAUUGUACUGUAAUUUACUCGAGUAGGAGUUCGGAUUGGAUGGGCUUGAUUGGAUAGGUUGUACGGAAUUAUAUAGAUUGGAUCCGAUGGCCGACUCAUUAACUGUUACUGCUUCUACGUUCGGAUAUUUUGUGACAACGAUAGAAAAAGACGAACUUGAUAUUCAUACAU